AUAAUAUAGCAAUGUAAUAAAAACAGACCUCUUAUGUUAGAUCAGCAUUAUAUCAAAUAGCAUUUGAAAUGAAAAAGCCUGUGUCUCUUGUAGAACCAUAUAUUGAAAUGUAUAUUAAUUUAUCUAACACAAGACUUGAAUAAAAUUGGUACGACACAAAAGACUCGAUUAAAAAUAUGAAAUAGGAAAAUUUUGAAGAAUUCAAAAUUCCAAAAAGAAUAGGUUAAUUAUUAAUGGAGUAUGUUUAAAGAUAGAAUGAGUAGAAAUUAGAUUGGCAAAUAGAAUUAGCUAAAAUAAUAUCAGAAAUUCCAGAUGAGGAUUAACUAUUUAAAACUUUAGAAAUACUAUUAAAAAUAAUCUCCAACGUUAUAAUUAAUCCACAUAGUUUAGAAAAAUAAAAAAUUAGUAUAUCCUCAAAAACACUUUAAAAUAACAUAAUCAAAUAUCCAUCAGCAUUAAAUUACUUAAUGAAUUUAGGUUGGACAUUAGUAGCUGAAUACUUAAUGGUUUAAUAUGAAAAUGAACAACAAACUAUAUGGAAAGAGGCUGCAUAAAUAUUAGAGAAUUAUUCCAAAAAUAAAUAAGAAUUCGAUCCUUAAAAACCUAAAAUUCAUACUUCAUCAUAAAAUGUCGUUCUCACCUCUGAAAUAAUAAAAAAUGAAGGCUAUAAUGUUUAUUAGUUCUCUUAGAAACUUGAAUAAUUGAAUUAGAUAAGAUUUGUAACAUAUAAUUUGUUAUUUUAGGAAAUAAUGAGUUAACCAAUAACUAAUAGAAAAAUUAAAGUAUUUAAUGGUAGAAAAUAAUAAUCAUCUGUGUAAAUGCAAUAAUAAAUUUAAAACUAAUACGAUUAUGAAUAAGUAGAGCCUCAGAAUGAUCAAUAACUUUUACAGUUCCUUUAAUAAGUUGCUUAGGUAUAUUAUAUCUUUAUAAUAGUCUCUUGAAGAAUAGCAAUUUACUUCUAAACGAAAAAAAGAAUAUGAAGAAUUACUUAAAAAACCAAUCUACUCAAAAACAGAAAUUAGAGUUUAAUUUCCAGAUAGUGUUAUUGUUUAAGCAUUCUUUGGACCAUUAGAAACAAUAAAGGAUUUGUAUGAUUUAAUAAAGGAUGUAAGUUUAAUUAAAAUUAUAUGUAAUAGAUGUUAGGAGAUUAAAAUCUUGAGUUUUAUUUGUAUACUUCACCACCUCUUGUUAGAAUGACAUAGAAGCAUUUUUAACAGUCCUUUGAAGAUUUAAAUUCAGUUCCUAAUGGAUUAUUUUAUUUCGGAGUUGAAAAACAAAUUUCUAAAUUUUAUUUUAAAGAAUAAUGGAUGAAAAACAUAAGAUUUUUAUGA